AUGCCACCUAGAAGGGGCAUCGCUAUCGGCCAGUCCACCAAGUCCAGAAAGCGGCAAAAACGGGAUACGUCCGAUGCAACUCGAUGGGAGGCUAUGAAACUGAAGGGAAUUGACAAGGAGGUUAUGGUGGACAAGACGCGGUUGGUGCGGUAUGAGGAUCUCGACGCUGGAUCGAGUAGCGAACAGCUGAGAGAUAUCAGGGCGUCUGGAGGGGACUUCCGAGCAUCUCUGUAUGCAGACCUAGAUGAUGAUGAUGACGACGACACUACGUAG